AAAAGAGAGUAGCAGGUGUGGAAUAUGGCGGAGCUAGUGCUAUCAUCGGCGAUGGGAAAGCUGGAGAGUUUGGUGUUAAAUAAGGCUGUUCCCCUUGCAGCUGGUGCGGAGAAGGAAGUGAAAGCGGUGAUGGAUGAUCUGAAUAUGACGCUGGAAAUCUUCAACAACUCUGCUCUCAGCGCCGUGAAACUGAGAGAGGAAACCAUAUACUCUCACUGGAUGUCUGAAGUCCUUGAUAUGGCUCACGACGCCGACGUUGCCAUUGAUAUCUUCAUCUUCAAUCUUGACAAGUCGAUGGAAAAGUCGAAAGUACUCCACCUCAAUCUCAUUGGCGAACUGAACGCUGCCAUCCGGAUGAAGAUCGGAAAAAUCAUGGAGUAUGCCAAGUUGGAGUCUUCCUACUCAAGUUAUCAACCACGGAAAUCGGCUGCUUGGAUUGAAGAACCGAAUGUUGUGGGGUUGGGCAAGGACGUCGAGUUUCUUCUUCAGAAAGCGGUUUUCAACGAGGAAGAAGAUGGCGUUUGUGUGUCGAGUAUAGUUGGAAUGGGGGGUGUGGGGAAGACAACUCUCGCCAAGCUUAUAUACAAUCAUGAGAGUGUGGUUUUGAAUUUUCCAUGUCGUGCUUGGGUAUAUGUUUCCAGUGAUUUCAGUGAAGCAGAUGUGCUUAGGGAAGUGCUUAUGCAGUUGGGAAUGGAAUACAACAAGGUCAAGGUGGAGGGAUUGACUAACACUGACCUCCGUUAUAUGGUUGCGGAACAACUCAAGGGCAAACGAUAUUUCAUCGUUCUUGAUGACGUUUGGAGAAACACAGACUUGGAGCUUUUCAUGACUGUUUUUCAUCAUCAAGGUAAAGCAAGUAGGUUGUUGCUGACGAGCUGCACACGGAACAUAAUAAGGGAUGCACACUACAUUCAUGAGAUGAAUAUUCUUGAUCCUAAUGAGAGUUGGAAAUUGUUUGUGAAGACGGUAUUCAAUGAAAAAUACACCAAAUGCCCCAACCACUUGGAGGAAAUAGGAAAAAAGAUCUUGGCAAAGUGUAGUGGUUUGCCAUUAGCAAUAGUGGUGGUGGGAAGCCAAUUAUCUAACAAGAAACAUUUGGAGAAAGAAUGGGAACGUUUUCUAGUAGAAACAAUGGAUUUAAGUGCAGUAACAUCAGUAUUGGAGUUAAGCUACCAUAAACUGCCUCCAAAGCUCAAGUCAUGUUUCUUGCAUUUGGUCUUCUUCAAGGAAGGGAAUACUGUAAGGGUGGAAAAUUUGAUACAUUUGUGGACAACGGGAGGUAUGCUCUUACAAGGAGAAGCGAAAUACGAAACGGAUGAGGAGAUUGGAAGAAAGUACUUAAUUAGAUGAA